UGUCUCCCUGUCCCUACCGCAGGCCCCUGGCCCAAACAUGGCCCGCCGCUCCCAGAGUUCCUCUCAGGGGGACAACCCACUGGCCCCCGGGUACCUGCCUCCUCACUACAAAGAGUACUACCGCCUGGCGGUGGAUGCGCUGGCUGAGGGUGGCCAGGAGGCCUAUAACCGCUUUCUGGCAACCGAGGGGGCCCCCGCCUUCCUGUGCCCUGAAGAGUUGGAGCACGUGAGCCGCCACCUGCGGCCCCCGCAGCAUGCUGCCCGCGAGCCCCCCGAGGGCAGCCCACCCGACGUGGACAUGGACGGCUCCUCAGGCACCUACUGGCCCAUGAACUCAGACCAGGCCGUGCCUGAGCUUGACCUGGGCUGGCCCCUGACCUUCGGCUUCCAGGGCACUGAGGUCACCACCCUAGUACAGCCACCGCCACCUGACAGCCCCAGUAUCAAGGAUGAGGCACGCAGAAUAAUCCGCUCUGCCCAGCAGGUGGUGGCCGUGGUGAUGGACAUGUUCACAGACGUGGACCUGCUGAACGAGGUGCUGGAGGCGGCGGCACGCCGCGUCCCUGUCUACAUCCUGCUGGACGAGAUGAAUGCACAGCACUUCCUGGACAUGGCGGACAAGUGUCGCGUCAACCUGCACCAUGUGGAUUUCCUGCGCGUCCGCACCGUGGCAGGCCCCACCUACUACUGCCGCACGGGCAAGUCCUUCAAGGGCCACGUGAAGGAGAAGUUCCUGCUUGUGGACUGCGCAGUGGUGAUGAGCGGGAACUACAGCUUCAUGUGGUCCUUCGAGAAGAUCCACCGCAGCCUAGCACACGUGUUCCAGGGAGAACUGGUCUCCAGCUUCGACGAGGAGUUCCGCAUCCUCUUUGCGCAGUCCGAGCCGCUAGUGCCCUCGGCCGGGGCGCUGGCCCGCAUGGACGCCUACGCCCUGGCUCCCUACGCGGGCGCGGGACCCCUCGCGUGCGGCCCGGGGCCCGGGGUGCAGACCCCUUUCUCUUUCCCCAAGCGAGCGCACCUGCUGUUCCCGCCACCGCGAGAAGAGGGCCUGGGCUUCCCCUCGUUCCUCGACCCGGACCGCCACUUCCUGUCGGCCUUCCGCCGGGAGGAGCCGCCACGGGGGCUGGGGGGCGUCCUGGAGCCACACGCGGGGCUGCGGCCGCUGUCGCGGCGUCUGGACGCCGAGGCCGGGCCCAGCGGGGAGCUGGCGGGGCCGCGCGGCUUCUUCCAGGCGCGGCACCUGGAGAUGGACGCCUUCAAGCGGCACAGUUACGCGGCUGCGGACGGCGCGGGCGCCGUGGAGAACUUCGCGGCCGCGCGGCAGGUGUCGCGGCAGACGCUUCUCACCCACGGCGACGACUUCCGCUUCCAGACCAGCCACUUCCACCGCGACCAGCUGUACCAGCAGCACUACCAGUGGGACCCGCAGCUGGCGCCGGCGCGCCCGCAGGGCUUCUUCGAAAAGCUGCGCGCCGGCCGCCCCGGCUUCGCGGAGCCCGAGGACUCGGCGCUGGGCGGCGGGCCGCGCUUCCCCGAGCUCGGGCUCGACAGCCCCCUGCGUCUGGACUACGUGCCGUCUAGCGCGUCGCGCGAGGUGCGCCACGGCUCGGACCCCGCCUUCGAGCCGGGUCCCCGAGGCCUGGAGGCCGGCGGGGCCCCGCGCCCCAACCUGGGCCAGCGCUUUCCGUGCCAGGCGGCAACCAGGCUCGGCCUGGAGGCCGCACCCGAGCCAGAGGCGGAGCGGAGGGGCGGGCCCGAGGGGCGGGCCGGCCUGCGGCACUGGCGCCUGGCCUCCUACCUGAGCGGCCACCACGGCGAGGACCUGGGCGACGAGGGCCUGCCGGCGCCCAUGGAGGCCGAGGCCUAUGAAGAUGACGUGCUGGGCCCCGGGGGGCGGGCGGUGGCCGGGGACCUGCUCGCUCCGGCCUUCCGCAGCCCCGUGGCCUUCCCAGCCAAGGGCCUGGGGCCCGGCUCUGGCGGCGGCGACGGCUCGGAGCGCGAGGGCCCGGAGGAGCUGGGUCUGAUGCAGCAGGACUCGUUCCGCUCGCGCCUCAACCCGCUGAUGCAGCGCAGCUCGCGGUUACGAUCCUCCCUCAUCUUCAGCGCGUCGCAGGCCGAGGGCGGCGCCGGGGCCGCCGCCACCAGCGAGAAGGUGCAGGUGAUGCGCAGGGAGCAGACGGUCAACGAGACGCUGGGCCCCGGCGGCGAGGCCGUGCGCUCCACCGCCUCUGCCAAGGUGGCCGAGCUCCUGGAGAAGUACAGGGGCCCGGCCCGCGACCCCGGAGGCGGCGCCGUGACCGUUGCCAGCCACAAAAAGGCGGUCGUGUCGCAGGCGUGGAAGGAGGAGGUGGCAGCGCCGGGGGGCGCGGGGGUCGAGCGCCGCAGCUUGGAGAGCUGCCUGCUUGACCUGCGCGACUCUUUCGCGCAGCGGCUGCACCAGGAGGCUGAGCGGCAGCCGGGAGCCGCCACGCUCACGGCCGCGCAGGUGCUCGACACGCUGGGCCGGGGCGGCGUCGAUCGGCUGCCCUCCCGCUUCCUCUCAGCCCAGGGCCGCGCGGCCUCCCCGCAAGGGCGGGCCAGCCCCCCACCAGAGGGCCCUGGGGCACAUCCGGUGCCCCUCCUGGAGUCAAAGGGGAGCCCCACCUCGGCCUACCCAGAGCGCAAGGGCAGCCCCACGCCUGGGUUUCCCGUUCGGAGAGGAAGCCCGACACCCGGACUUAGCGAGCAGAAGGGAACCCUGGUCUUGACCUACCCAGAGCGCAAGGAGAGUCCCACGUCCGCCCACCCGGAGCGCAGGGGCAGCCCGGUGCCCCCCGUGCCCGAGCGCAGGGGCAGCCCGGUGCCCCCCGUGCCCGAGCGCAGGGGCAGCCCGGUGCCCCCUGUGCCCGAGCGCAGGGGCAGCCUCACCCUUGCCCCGGCCGCGGAGUCUUCGAAGGCCGGGCCCGCGGAGGAGCCGGCGGGUGGCCCCAUGGAGGUCCUGCGGAAGGGCUCCCUGCGCCUGAGGCAGCUUCUGAGCCCCAAGGGCGAGCGGCGGCCAGACGAGGAGGGCGGCUUCCCCGCGCCACAGGAGAACGGGCAGCCCGAGAGCCCCCGGAGGCUGUCGCUGGGUCGGGGCGACAGCGCCGACGGCGCCGCGGAAGAACGGGGCCCGCGAGGGGCGCGCGUGGCCUCCGCCACCGCCAAUGCCUUGUACAGCAGCAAUCUGCGCGACGACACCAAGGCCAUUCUGGAGCAGAUCAGCGCCCACGGCCAGAAGCACCGUGGGGCCCCCGCGUCGGGCACCACCCCGGCCCACAGCAGCCCGGAGCUCGGCCACCCACCCGCCGGCGGCGGCCUGGCCCCCGACAUGUCCGACAAGGACAAGUGUUCCGCCAUCUUCCGCUCGGACAGCUUCGGGGCCCAAGGCCGGCUGAGCCGCACGCUGCCUGCCAGCGCGGAGGAGCGCGACCGGCUGCUGAAGCGCAUGGAGAGCAUGCGCAAAGAGAAGCGCGUGUACAGCCGCUUCGAGGUCUUCUGCAAAAAGGAGGAGGCCGGCGGCGCGGGAGAGGGCCCGGCCGAGGAGGACGCCAGGGACAGCAAGGUGGGCAAGUUCAUGCCCAAGAUCCUGGGCACGUUCAAGGCCAAGAAGUGA